AUGCAACCCAACCAUUACCCUAAUGAUCAAUUGCAAAAACAAUCACCAUUACUCGAAACUUUUGAAGACCUGGUUAGAGAAUUUAAAGCCAUGUUUGAUAACUUAGAAAAGUCCAGAACUGCAGCUAAUAGAAUUCAAAAGCUUGUUCAAAGAACAAGACCAGCCUCAAGUUAUACUUCAGAGUUUCGGCAAAUUGCAGGCAAUUUGAACUGGGGUGAAGCAGCACUGAUAGACCAAUUUCGAAGUGGGCUUCGCAGUGAUGUUAAGGACUUGCUUCUUUCAGUAAAAGACCCAACUUCACUAAAUAACAUGCCUAUUACCAAACUAGCACCUUUCGAAGCAGACCCAAUGCAAAUCGAUACUAUAAGGAUUAAGCCACUCUCAGCAGCAGAGAAAAGAUGA